GCGGAACAAUAGUUCGAGUCGAGUGAAUUCCAGCACGCAAAGCACUUUUCUCAGUUUUCGGAAACAUUCCUGACAGAGGAGUGAAUAGCGUAAUCAGAGGAGUUGUCCAAGAGCCAAGGACCACUUGUGGAGAACUUAAAAAAAACCUGGAAUUAGUAGGCUGUUGUCUGAAAGAAACAAGGCUGGGAAUUUUUAGGGAUUGGCCGAGCUGACCAUAGGCCUGCAGAAUGGAUGUAAUCUCCAUGUUGGGCAGCACCACUGACCCCAUCUACACUACCUCCACCCACCCCCCUUCCACCCUCCUGCCCAAUGGCCUGAAGAAUGGGUCUGACGAGCACUGUAUCACUUCCAAGACAGCGGUAGCCAUCCUUGGCUCUGGUGACUUCUCCAAGUGCCUAACCAUUCGACUGCUACGCUGUGGCUUUCACGUGGUGGUGGGGAGCCGUCAACCCAAGCGUGCUGCUGAUUUCUUCCCACACGUUGUGGAUGUGACGCAUCAUGAGGAUGCUGUGGGGAAAGCUGGUAUCAUCUUCCUGGCAAUACGACGGGAACAUUACCCAGCAGUUCUCUGGGACCUUAAACACCUGCUGUCAGGCAAGGUCCUGAUAGACGUUAGCAAUAACAGGAGGGUAAACCAGUAUCCGGAAUCGAACGCAGAAUACCUGGCCUCCCUCCUGCCAGAGUCUAUCGUGGUGAAGGGCUUCAAUGUGAUAUCUGCCUGGGCAUUGCAGCAGGCUGGGCCCAAAGAUGCAAGCAGACAGGUCUACAUCUGCAGUAACUCAACAGAGGGCCGCCAGCAAGUACUAGAGCUUGCACGGCAACUCAACUUUUUCCCCAUGGACAUGGGCUUCUUGUCAUCCUCCAGAGAGAUUGAGAACAUACCGCUGCGUCUCUUCCCUGCCUGGAAAGGCCCUGUCCUCACCGCAGUGUCCCUCUCCAUAUUUUUCUUUGCCUAUUCCUUUGUGCGUGACAUCGUCUACCCUUAUGUAAAAAGCAAGCAGAGCAACUUUUACAAGAUCCCCAUGGAGAUAGUGAACCGGACACUGCCCACUGUAGCCAUUACAAUGCUGGCGUUGGUCUACCUGGGGGGCGAGAUUGCUGCUGUCCACCAGCUGUACUACAGAACUAAGUACAGGCGCUUCCCUCAUUGGCUGGAGGGAUGGCUGCAAAGCAGGAAGCAGCUGGGUCUGCUCAGCUUCUUUCUGGGCUGUGUUCAUGUUCUCUAUAGCCUCUGUCUACCUAUGAGGAGGUCUGAGAGGUACCUGCUGCUCAACAUGGCAUAUCAGCAGAUCCAUACCAACCUGGAGAACUCGUGGAAUGAGGAGGAAGUGUGGAGGGUGGAGAUGUAUGUCUCAUUUGGUAUUAUGAGCCUUGGUCUACUGUCUCUACUGGCCAUCACCUCCAUUCCCUCAGUCAACAGUGCCCUCAACUGGCGGGAGUUCAGCUUCAUACAGUCCACCCUUGGCUACAUUGCACUGCUCAUUGCCACAUUCCAUGUCCUGCUUUUUGGCUGGAAGCAGGCCUUUGAGGAAGACGCCUACAGGUUCUAUCUGCCGCCCAGCUUUGCAGUGUCGGUAGCCCUACCCGUGUGUGUCAUCCUGGUAAAAGUUAUCCUGCUGCUCCCCUGUGUUGCCUGUAAGCUCCACAGGAUCCGUAGGGGCUAUGAAACCAAACGCACCGAAAAUAACUUCAACACAGUGGUGUCAACCACUCACAUCUCACCUGAGAGGGUGACCAUCAUGUGA